AUGGUGAGACUUUAUAGCCUGCCUCUAACCCUGUUCCCUGGGUUGUGGGGUGCUGAGGUUUGGAAGAGACUUCUAGAGAUUGAGUCCAACCCUGCUGCAAAUCAAGUCUGUUUGGAAUGGGCUUUGGAGCUGUGUGGUAGCCUCAUGGCUGACUCCUGGCUCUGGUGCAACCCCUGCUGCACACCAGAGGUUUCUCUUCGGAGAGGUCUGAAUUACUAAGCGGGAGAGCCCAUUCGCUGCGACGCGUUGCGCCCGUGCAUACAUUACCGCCCGGAAAGGAGUCUGGAGCGGCAGAGGCAGACGGGGAAUGAUGGAAGAGGCAUCCCCAGCAGUUGACACCAGCCAGGCUAUGAAGAGUGGCAAUGUGGCUGCAAGGUUCCUGCAGUCACCUGACGGAGCCAUUGGUAACUUCUAGGCUGCUUUUAGCCUGCAUUCCUCAGAUGCCUUCCUCCUGGCACAACUGCUAACAGCUUCAGGUUCACUGCUUGCCACCCCAUUCCCAGCUUUCUGCUUGCUGGGCCCUUGGAUGCUGCCAGAGGUAGCAGGAAAAGCAGAGUCAAGGAUUCAGGCUUUGCUCCUGAGAGCAAACUCUGCACCAGCUCCCAGGAUGUCGCUGGGGAACCCUGAGCAGAUUGGGGCCGAGGAAGCCUUGAAGCAUGCCUCAGAUUCCUUCUUCACCUCAAACUGAUCAGUGGCCCCCAGGACCAUUUCCCCUCUGUCCACACCUGACCCACCCACGCCCAUGGUGAGGUGGAGGCAGCCAUGCAUCACCUCUUUGGGCUGGUCUUGGCACAGAAGGAUCUCUCUCGUGCAGGGGAUCUGUUCUCCCUGGAGGAUGCUGAAAUCGAAGGAAGCCUCUCGGAAGCUCUGGAGCAGAUACAAAUCAUCAGCUCAGCUGCAGACUACCAGACCAACGACAACGACCAGGCUGUGGUGGAGAUCUGCAUCACUCGCAUCACCACAGCCAUCAGGGAGACAGCAUCCAUCGAGAGGCACGGGAAGGCCCUGGUGGCUCUCUGGGAGUCCUGCCUGGAGCACAACCUGAAGCCAUCUGGAAAAGAUGAGGACACACCACAUGCAAAAAUUGCUUCUGACAUCACAAGCUGCAUCUUGCAGAACUACAACCGCCCCCCAGUGAUGGCUUUGGCUGUUCCAGUGGCAGUGAAGUUCCUUCAGAGGGGCAAUAAGGAGCUGUGCAGGAACAUGUCGAGUUACCUCUCCCUGGCUGCCAUUGCCAAGGCAGAUCUGCUGGCUGAGCACACAGACAGCAUCGUCAAGAGUGUCCUUCGAGGCAACUCUCUGCUGCUGCGGGUCCUGCCUGCUCUCUACGAGCAGCGACCGCAGCUGAUCAACCUCCAUCUGAGGGAGCUGGUGACACUGAUGGCCCAGCUGGACCAGGCUGAACAGCAUCACCUCCUCAGGCUCUUCCAGACCGUAGCUAGGAACAAAGGAGUGGGGGUGCUGAAAGAGUGCAUCCCAUGUCUCCUUGGGCACCUGAGAGACCCAGACCACUGUGACCUCAUCCUGAGCAUACUUCUAGAAAUAUCCAGCUAUGAACCAGCAGCUUUGGCCUCUUUUCUUCCUAUGCUGGAAGAAAUUGGGGAGAGCUUCCCAAGCCUGAUUGGGCAAACAGCGAAGAUCUUUGGAGCUGUUGGACACAUUGAUGAGGAGCGAGCCAGGAGGUGCCUGCUCUACCUGGUGAACCAGCUGGCCAACAUGGAGCACUCCUUCCACCACCUGCUGCUGCUGGAGAUCAAGAGCCUCACUGACUCCUUCUGCAGCAUCCUGGGCACCCAGAGCAGAGACAUCUACCGCAUGAGCAACAGCUUCACUGCCAUAGCCAAGCUGCUGCUGCGCCAGCUGGAGCAUGGCAGUGCUGCUGCAGCCAGGAUGGAAAAGGAGGCUGAUACAGAAGCUGUUGUGCCCCUGGAUGGCUUCAGAGCUGCUGUGGAUGAAAGUGAAGAAGAUGAGAAGCUGCAAGUCAAGAGGCAGGCAUUUGAGGAGAAGCUGACUGUGGACAGCAGCACUCCUGGCUCAGUGAGGAGAUACAGCCUAGGGCAGGUCUCCAAGGAAGAGAGGAAGGACCUGAGGUUCAACAGGUCCAAGAGCCUGGCCCUGCACUGGCUGCGCACCAAGGCGCUGAGCUCCGAGAGCAGCCAGGAGCUGCCUGCUGGGCUCUCCUUCCCUGACAUCUACCUCGCCCAGGGAGGUGACAAAGGGCCUCUGGGGCUUGAUUCUGAAGCCAUGCAGCUGGCAAAUGCUUUGGUCUCACACCAUGGCAGCUGCCAGCCAGAAGCAGGCGACUUGGAUGAACCUCCUCCAGAAGAGGCCCUGGGAGGGAAGCAGGAGGCAGUGAGGAGCUCUGCGGAGCACCAGGACAAGCUCUACCUGCACUUGAAGGAGAACCUGGGCAGAGUGAAAGCCUAUGUGAUGGAGCUGGGGAGGAGAAUCCCCAUCCCUGAGCAGUGUCUCAUAGAAGACACUGGCAGGAGCUGUGUGGCCAGGCUGUCCUUCAGCUGUCCCCUGAAGGGCCACUACUGCCUGUACAGCAAAUCCACCUUCACCCUGCUCAGCCAGCAGCCUCCCCUCUGGAUCCACAUCAUGUUCCUCUUCCAGCAGAGCCUGCUUGCAGAGCCUCUGUCCACGCAGAGUGGCUCUGUCCAGGUCCUUAAGGCCCUGUGGGAGAAGACACAGCUGAAGGGGACUCAGAGUUUUGAAGCUGCCAUGAUCCAGUCCACGUUUCCACACCAGAAGGACCUGGACCACCUGCAGAUGCACCUGGAGGAGCUGAGGUUCUUUGAUUUGUUUGGCUACAGCGAGGCAGCAGGGACCUGGCAGUGCUUCAUGUGCAACAACCCAGAGAAGGCAACAGUGCUCAACCAGGAGGGGCAGCCCCUGAUGGAAGGCAAGCUGAAGGAGAAGCAGGUCCGCUGGAGGUUCAUCAAGCGCUGGAGGACUCGCUACUUCACCCUGGCUGGCAACCAGCUGCUCUUCAGGAGAGGCAAAUCUAAGGACGACCCCGACGAGUGCCCCCUGGAGCUCAGCAAGGUGCAGAGCGUCAGAGUGGUGGCGAAGAAGCGCCGGGACCGCAGCCUGCCGCGGGCCUUCGAGAUCUUCACCGACAGCAGGAGCUACGUGCUCAAGGCCAAGGACCAGAGGGAUGCCCAGGAGUGGCUGCAGUGCCUCAACGUGGCUGUGGCACAGGCCAGGGAGCGCCAGAGCCGAGAGGCCACCACCUACCUGUAGAGCUGCUGCCACCUCCAUGGCUGUGCCAGCAAACCAACCCUGGGUGCAGAGCAUCUCUGUAGUGCUGCUGGCACCUCCUUGGC